AUGUCAAAGGUUCUAUACGUCUUUGCUCCUAAUGCUAAUGUAUUCAAAGGUCCCCAUGCUCCUGAUACUCCUAUCGUUGUCCAAGCAAACAACAUUGGCUUCUCAUAUAUCAUCCCAAAUCAAUACAAGAACUCUGCAAUUGAAGAUUUUGACAACUACGUCAAAAACUGUCCUCUUCACUAUAUAUUCUGUGAUUUUCCGGAGCCGUUCUACCCUAAGCAAGUAUAUAUGCAUCUUACUCAACAUAUGGAUGAUUGGGUUGCAAUUCUUUAUAUAGUUGAAUCCUCUGAAUAUGAUGAAGAGUGUGGCGAGGGAAAUAAUGAAGAUGAAAAGGAUGAUGUUGAUGAUGAAGAAGAUGAAUUUGAUGUUGAUACUAACACAUUAGACGCUGAUAUGAGAGAGGAUUUUGCUUAG